AUGAAAAUUACCACUUUCCACGCUGCCCUAUUCACACUCUCUGCAUCAGGUGCUCUCGCAGCAAACACGACCGAAACAACCCUAGCAACCUUCGACACAGCUUACGACGACGCAAACCUCUCCUUAUCAACAGUAACCUGCUCCAACGGUGAAAAUGGACUCGUGACAAAGGGCUACAAUACCAUCAGCGACCUCCCCACUCAGGAUGUUGCGGGCUCUUUGACUGUCAAGGGCUGGAACGAUGUUAACUGUGGCGCUUGCUACUCGUUAUCAUACAAGAAUGAGACUGUCUAUGUUUUGGCCAUUGAUUCUGCUAUUGGCCAAUUCAAUGUUGCGCAAAAGGUCUUAGACAAAUUGACUCAUGGUCAAGCGCAAGAGUUUGGAAGUGUAUCGGUUGAUUAUGAGCAGUCGGCAUGA